AUGAUUCCUUCUGAUGAGACAAUUGUGGCCGAAUUGAGCCAGGCCGUGGAUAGAGAAUUUCGCGGACCACAGCGCGACCUGCUAACCGUCAGGCGUAUACGGAGCCAGGUCGAAGCUAGCUUAGAUCUCACAUCCGGCCGUCUUUCGCAGAGCGACUGGAAGCUAAGAGCAAAAAGUACCAUCGAAUCGCGCGUGCAAGAAUUACUCAGGGCCGAAGUGACGAGAUCACCGACACCAUGCUCGCCGGUCCGCGAGGCCUCAGAUCCUGUCCCCGUCGUUUUCCCGUCACCCGAACGCGCGCGCGACACGUCUAGCUCGGCCAAGCCCCGUCGACGCACCGGCGCAGCAAGUACACGCACGGCCGACGCGACCCUCACCACCCUCCAAACCCAACUGCGCAAGUGUGGACUCCAUACUAUAUGGUCUAUUAAACUCAAGAAGUAUGGAGACGACCGAUCUGCCAAAAUCCGACACUUGCAACAAGUCCUGCGCGAUAUUGGCAUGACGGGCCGCUUCAGCGAGGCCAAGGCCAAGCAGAUCAAGGAGGCUCGAGAACUCCAGGCCGACCUUGAAGAAGUUCAAGAAGGGAAUAGGGCUUGGGGACUUCCCAAAACCCGCAAAGCUGGCAAAGACCAUUCCACCAAAGGCUGCGAGGAGACAGUUAAAGAAAUGUCACAAGUUGUUACGCAGGAUCCUAGCUCCGCUGAUGAAUCUCUGCCAGUUCCUCAGAGACGUCGAGUACGCCCGGCCUUAGACUGGUUAAGUGCGGAAGACAGCGAUGAGUAA